AUGAAUCUUUAUAAAGAUUACCGACAAAAAGUAAGAAAGGAAGGCCUUCAGUUUACAAACAUUAUAUUAGGGGGUGACAUUGCGCCUAAGCUUCAUCACUACCUCCAGCUCUUGGAUAAUUUGAAAAUAAAAGAGGGCUCCUACGAAGAAUACUAUGGCGAGGUGAAGAAAAUCGUGAACAGUUUCAUCAUCCACUGGACCGAGGUGAUGAAUAACGCUAUCAAAGAGGCGGACAAAGUGACGACGGUCGUGGACAAAAGCGAGCUUCUGGAAUACGUGAACAACACCAUAGAAAUGCAGAAGGUGAAACAGUCUCAUUUCGAGGGGUUCUUUCUUCCAAUUAGCACUGCAGCAGAGAAGCGAGAUUACGAUGAGAUCACAAUCCUCUAUGAUAAACACAUGGAGAGACUUGAGAACGUGAGGUUGGCCGUCAUCGCCAUGCGUGACCCCGAGACCAUGAAAAACUUCGCCAAAGAACAUUUUACAAUAUCUUUACACAGAAAAAACGACAUUUUCGCCUUCACACAUAACUAUAUAGCAAUGAUGCUAUCGAAAAAAAUACACGAAAUAAACGUUAGCCUCAAGGAGAUUGUGAAUCGAACGAGGAAUAACUUACGCGAUCUGCAGGAAAGACGCGACGAGGAACUGGGCGAACUGCUUAACCAGUUGUACAACAAAAACAAAGAGCACCUGACGGUAUUCAGGAGGUCCGGGCGCACCUCUCUCGAAAUGGCUGAAGUACAACGAUGCAUGGACAAAUUGAAGGGCGAAAUAGAAGGCCGCAAAGACGAAGUCCUGUGCCGCCUGAAGGAAGAGUUUAAUUAUUGGAAACAAAAACUUACAGAGUUCAAACGGAUCGCUAAAACUAUUGACGAUUUGAACAAAUUAGAACGGGUAGUCUUGGAGCAACAGACGACAUAUCUUGAAUUAAGGGAUACCCAAAUACCAAAGACUGAACGUAAAUGUUGGGAGCAUUUGGAAGGAGUGUUUGAAGAGAAAUUGGUGCGUCUCGAUGAAAAGAAAAGGGAAGCCGCGCGAGCCUUGCUUAGUUUCUUCAGUGUUAGAGGUCCAGAUCACAUAUUUUAUAAUGACAGUGUCGGACGCUAUUACGUGGAUGAGUACGGUCACCAGGUCUACUUCUAUGACUAUGGCCUCAAGAUGUGCCACGUCAAUUGCGCUGGAGAAUUCUUCGAGACCCCCGAUACGGAGGUCUAUUACUACGACAAGAAUGGCCGCUACGUGCUAGACGAGAACGGUGAUAAACUCUACAAGAUCCGCUCCUUGCACCAGCUCUUAUCGUCUGGUCGA